CUGUUUAAGCUCUAAACAAACAUGUAAAACGUUUUCCUAAAUUGGCUGUUCCAGAGAAAAGUGCUUCUACUGGCAGCUGGCCUUUGCGUAUACUAGUCUUUUAAAAUGCUCAAUUUUUCCUCUUUUGCAUUUAUUUCUGUUUUAUGUCUGUGUUUAAAUGUAUGUGCUAAAGAAGAUAGCAAGCUGUUGUUUGUGCAAAUACUCUUCAGACAUGGAGAUCGAGCACCCAUUACACUUUAUCCAAAUGAUCCAAAUCCUGAGAGCAUUUGGUCUGAAGGAUUGGGAAGGUUGACCAUGCUUGGAAGAAGGCAACAAUAUGCAUUGGGGAAACUUUUUCGUCGGAUGUACCAAAAUUUUACAACUUCUAGUCCUCUUGAAAUCGAGGUGGUAAGUUCAGAUAGUGAUCGUUGUUUGAGAAGUGCGGAGACAAAUCUUGCUUCAUUUUUUGCUCCUGAUGCAACGUGGCAGUUUGAUGAAAGUUUAGAUUGGCAACCUCUACCUGUGCAUUAUAUUCCAAAGAAUGUAGAUAAGUUUCUUGAAGUGGACAGUGACUGCCCGCAAGCUUUUGCUGAACAAGAAAGAGUUAGACAAACACCUGAAGCUCAGAAAUUCUUAGAAGAGCACAAGGAUAUGUUUGAAAAUUUGACCUACUACAGUGGUACACCCAUAACAGAAUGGAGAUCUGCAUCUGAUUUUCAUGAUGUUUUAUUUAUUGAGAGAAAGUAUAAUCUUACUAUUCCGUCUUGGGCAGAGCCAUAUUGGGAAGAACUAAGAUAUGUAUCGGAUCUCUCAUUUUUCUGGAGUUUUAACUCGCCACUGCUUCAUCGUUUGCGAGCAGGACCUUUGAUACAAAAGAUAAUUGAAAUGAUGAACAAGAAAAUUUCUGGCGAUCUUCCAAAUCAAAAAAUCCAAGUUUAUUCAGCUCAUGAUACAAACAUUGCUGUUGUCCUAGAUGCAUUGAAUCUCUUCAAUUUCAAAGCGCCUCCUUACUGUUCUACGCUGAUUUUCGAGCUCCAUGAAAUGAGUGACGGCAUAAACGCCAUGCGUCUACUUUUUCUGAAUUCCACAGAACCAGAAAAAGAAAUGCAACCUCCACAUGUUUUAAUUUUGAAUGGAUGCACAGAGUUUUGCCCUUUGAGUUAUGUUAUCAAUUAUACAAAAGCACUGAUGCCUGAUGACUGGGAAAAAGAGUGUAAAGUUAAAGAGUCUUUCAUUCAGCAAGUCAAAGACCAAGCUUCCUGGAUCGAAACGACUCUUCUAGUUGUCAUCAUUGUUUUGGCCGUCAUUGCAGUUGUAAUAAUUCUGCUUUCUGCAUGGAAACUAUGUUCACGAAAUCGAGAUAAAUAUUCCUAUCAUCCUAUGCCAAUGAGCUGAGAAGCAUUAAUAGUGAUAUUGUUUAUUGUCAAUUUUAUCAUUCCUGUAAGUCUUACUAAAGUAUUUAUUUUUCAAAUAAAAUCUCCACAAAGUGUAA